CCCCUGGCAGGUCCUGGCGCCUCCCAGAUUGUCUUAAGAACCAUUCGGGCAAUCCUCAUUUCCCUGACACUGAAAAGCAACAAAGACUUCAGACCUGUAUAAUCAGCCUCGUUUACUUCAAAAGAUGACAAAAGAAAAACAGACCUGGUUCAUCACUGGCUGCUCCAGUGGCUUUGGGGAGCAGUUUGUACGCCAGCUCCGCGCACGGGGUGACAACGUCAUCGCGACAGGCCGGAAUGCUGAAACCAAGCUCGCACACUUGAAAGAAACUGGUGCCACUAUCCUUGAACUAGAUGUCACGGCACCUCAAGAAGAGUUGAACGCGAAGUUCCAACAGGCCAUUGACAUUUACGGGGGAGUAGAUGUACUUGUGAACAACGCGGGGUACAUCCAAUGCGGGGCCAUCGAGGAGCUCACGCCGGAGGAUAUGAAACGAUCCCUCGACACGAAUUUCCAUGGUCCUAUCAACCUGACCCGCGCCGCAUUGCCGCAUUUCCGCAGCAAGGGCGAAAAGGGUCAAGGUAUGAUCAUCUACAUGGGAUCGCAGUCUGGCUUCUGGGGAGAGCCUGCUGCAUCCGCGUACUGCGCCAGUAAAUUUGCAUUGGAAGGGGCCGUGGAAAGUCUCUCGAAAGAGUUAGGCUGGCUGGCACCGGGUAUCAAGCCUCUCAUUAUUGAAGCAGGCAUUUUCAGCACUGAAGUCAUGAGAAAUAUCAACCAUGUUCCCUACCGAGUCGAUUUCUACCGGGGCCUUAACGAUGCGUGUCGCGUGCGCGGAGAGGGCAACUAUCGCAACCCACCAGGCAAUGCGGUGGAUUUGAUUGCCAAGGUCAUUCAAAUUGCAAAGGGAGAGGGUAUUGCAGAAGGCAAAGAAAUCCCCUUGCGUGUGCCAUUUGGUAGUGAUUCUCUUGGGUUCCUUAAGGAGAAGGCGCGGGAUAUGAUGCGCAUUGCGGAGGAAUGGGAGGAGGUUGCCCGUAGCACUGAUUUUCCGGACCACAAGGGCCCUAUGCCGGAUAUUCCGGCCUGAAGUGGGCACCAUGGGUCUAUGGUGGGUCGUCGGAGACUGGGAAACAGGGUCUUACCUACAAAUGAAUUAUGACAAUUGUUAUGUUCUCGGU